AUGUUCGCGCCACCUAAAGGCGGAUUUAAGAAAAAGCUUCCCUCCGAUGGAACUUCGACACCCCAAACGCCUUCAUUAGCUGUGCAGCUAUCUUACCUGCACCAGCCACGUCCUUUCAAGAACCCAUACUACACCAAGAACGUCAACCGGCGUGCAAAGAACCUCAAGACCGUUCUUGGGCAAGAGAGGGAACGUGAAAGGACAGAGAGGGAAGCUAGGAGGCUAGAGAGGGAGGAAGUCAUGAAGGACAAUCCAGAGGCUGUGGUAGAUAUACCGGAAGAGGUUCCAACAUAUACGACGAUUGAGGCACCGCCUUCUGUUCUUCCUCAUCGACAUCUAUGCGACAUCACAGGUCUAGAGGCACCCUACACAGAUCCUGCAACUGGUCUCCGAUACCACGACAAGAGCGUUUACGAGAUUGUCAAGGGUCUCAGUACGAGCAUUGCGAAGGACUACCUUGCGGCACGAGGUGUCAAUUCCAUCGUCAAAUAG